AUGGUGACACCUGGGGGCACUACACCUUUUGGAACGGCCAAUGGUGGACCCGUGAGCGUGAUGGGCGUUGGUCAACUGGCAGUUGGCGGCAUGGAGCUCAUCCGCGUCAAAAAGGAGCGCUUGCAGUUGAUUGGCUGGGAAUUGCCACCACAGCUGUCGAAGGUGUUGCCCAACCGCAGCGCGGCGCGCGUGUGCACCGAGCUACGUCCGGGCGAUGAACUGGUGGAGGUGAACGGCACCGACGUGACCGAGUUGGAACAAGGCGACAUCGAACCCAUGUUCGAAGCGCGUCCCUUGAAGCUCCUCUUCCGGCGCCGUCCCGAGCCCUCCAAGGAGAAGCAGGAGGAGGGCAUGCGAGUCGUGGGGAACAUUCGGAUUGAGCAAGUGCAGAAGGUGGCGGCCUAUGGAGAUCCAGCACAGUACUUGGAGUGCUUCAACUUGGCCGUCCUGGUGAUCCACAACUUGGCUGUUGAGGCCAAGAACUUGGAGUUGCUCCACAGCGAGCCACGGAUUCUGAGAGUACUCUUGGAGGUGAUGCCGGCGGACGCGACGUCGCCCAGUUUGCGACGCUUGAUCUUCUCGACCUUGACGUGCUUGUGCCAAGAGAAGGCAGUCUCAGGGCGGAUCUUCCACGCGAUGGCGGAGUACUUCCAGAAUUGUCAAAAGACCGACUCCUCGCUGCACAAGUACAUCAUGUGCUGUGCCAACCUCUACUACACCAGCAUGUCACGUGAGGAGGUCAAGCCAGAUCGUGGCAUGCUCAUGUUCGUGAGCCGCAUGUCGGCGGAGGACGAUGCUCUGGUGGCGCGGCGAGCGCUCAUCGAGAUCUUCCAUGGCAUGUCGCAGGCGCCUUCGGAGCUACGAAGGAAGUUCCUGAGCCGUGAGAUCUUGGUCUUGGCCUGCAGCUACUUGGAGAACCCCUCGCCUGAGAUUCAGAUCCGCGCCUAUGAGUCCAUGUAUUUCUGCACCUUGGGCGCCUGUGCCCCAGACUUGUGGUCUGACCUGGACAUCCUGGGCCGCAUGGUGCGCACCGCCGGCGUGGCCCAGGCCCACGCCGACGAGAACGCCGAGGACUUGCUGCUGCGGAAGCAUGCAGAUGCUCUGUGGGAGAUCUCCUUGCGUGCGCUCCACCAUUGUCUUCAGUACGAGGUGUUGGUGCGUCAAAUGCGGAUCCCGGAUUUGGAUCGGUAUCUCAUGGAGCUGCUGGUGGAUGGCCGGAAGCCUCCCGAGCUCCACAAGGUGGCCGCAGAUCUCAUUGCGGGGCUCUUGCAAUCCUCGAUCUCAGGCAACCUGUGGACGCGCUGGCGUGGCCUGGGCGUGGGCGAGCGCUUGGUUGGAUGGUUCAAGGUUCAUGGCAAGAAGAUCUUGGAGUCGCGGAUGGACGCGGCGCAGCGCCUCAGCGCGGCGGAGUCGUUGGAUGCCAUGCUCCACAUGGUGCUCUUCGCCGUGGAGGUGGAUUCCUCCAUGGUGGUGGCGCUCGUGGCGGAGGACGUCCUCGGCUGCAUCGCCCAUCGACUGGAGGAGCUCGCAGCUGGAUACGAACGCUGGAACGACAUGGCCGGUGGCCACAAGCUCACCGAGGACUUGGAGGCCGAGCGUGCCUGGAUGCGGGCGGAGGGAGAAGGAGCCACUGCAGGAGCGCCUGUGGAGCCGACUCGGCGUCGGCUUAGUCGUGUUCGACUCGGCUUAGUGGUGUUUUUUGCCAAAGACCUCUGA